AUGUUCUCUUCCAAGGAUUAUCUUCGUCUCAAGUCGUGUUCCACAAAGACAUACAGUAUGCAGAGGCCCGACGGUUACCCAAGCCCGCCCCCCGGGUAUCCUGCCUCACCCCCCGCACCGAGGCCGCAGGACGUUGAGUCUUGGAAUGAGAUCCAUAUACCUGCUCAGAGAAUCGGGGGAGAGUCCAUCCCUCUCGAGUCUGUUGCUGUUCCUACCGUUGUCCCAGUAGAUGUCAACGGGCAUGGCACCUACAACCCGACUCAACAGCCUCUGCCAAAGUUUCAGAAGAGGGCGGUAUGGCUGCGCUUCCCUAGUUCGCCAUGGGUCGCCACCUACAGCAUGUACUUCUUUCUCGUCGUCGGCGUCUGCUUUGCGAUUGGCCAUCACUUCUUCUACUCCUCACUAGACGGCGAGAUCGUCGACGACCAGCUUCGCAUGCUGCGCUGGGGCACGGCGCUCGCGUUUGCCUGCAAGGCCAGCUUGACAGCUGCAGUCCUAUCUGCCUUUGAUCAAAAAGUGUGGGCAACAGUCAGAACCAGGUUUUUGACUGUCGUUGCCCUCGACUCGAUGUUUGCGGCCACGGAGAACCCACUGGAUAUGCUCAACCUUGAGCUUUUGACAAAAGCCAAGAUGGCCGUUGCCAUGGCGCUGUUCGGAUGGUGUGCCCCAGCUAUCGUCAUCAUCACCGCAAAUACCCUCCUCGUUGCACCACCCUCGUUCAUGCAUCAAGAUAGAAUGUGCCGCGGGGUCAGAAGUCUGAACUUUGACCUUGAAGAGGCGUACACUUGGCCGCUCGGUGCCGGCCAAGAGCAGAGCGGGCUAAGACCUUUGAACCUGGCAACAUGGAACGACACCAAUCGCGAUCUGGCUAAAACAAUCGGCUACUAUAACGGGCCUGAUGAGCAGCUGGUAUCAUUGGGUCAGGCAUCUACGGUCUUACGGCGGCCAGUCACGUACGCCAACUCGACGCUCGAGACUUGCGAAAGAGGGUGGAACUGCACCGUCAGGGUUGAGAUGAAGGGUCCAGGCUACAACUGCACUGAACUCGGCUCUGGAGUCGGAUCGGAGGCGCGCAACCUUUCCCAACAGUCCGGGGAGAUAAGUCCCCCUUUCAACUUUACCGAGGUGCUUCUCCCACUUGGUAAUGAAAGUUACCACGGUUUCGUCUUCGAAGGAGAGUAUAGUGCGCCGCAGAUGGAGAAAAUUGAUGACGAAGGUCGCCCGACGACGCGCUGGCCCAAGAACUUUGCCGCCAUCCGCACAGAGCCCGUCGUUUGGAUCGGAUAUGUCAAAACCGCCAAGGGUAUCGAAAGGCCCCUCGAUCCUAGAAGGGCCGGCAAGGAUGGAGAUGCUCUAAUUCCCACCCUCAUGGCUUGCGAGUACUACGAAACGCAAUACAUGCUGGAGUACCAGUAUGUCGACGGCUCGCAGUCGAUCAAGGUUGUGAAACGCACUCCUUUGUCGCCUGUGGUCAACACAACCGUUCGCAGGGGCGUCAGAGACGACGAAACCAUCGACCCAACCACGGCGACGCCUCAAGAGAACUAUGUCCUCUUCGGGAAUACGACCCAGUACAAGAAGACGGCCGCAUACCACGCUCUCGGUUAUAUUUUCCGCAGUGUCCUUAGGGGCACUGUGGAGAUGCCUACUGUCAGCGCAAAGUCGCCUGCUCUAUUCACCAAGGUUACGAGCAACGGUGACUAUUUCCCAGCCGAGAAUCUCCAAGAAGUGGUGCCUAGCCUUUUCGAGGACAUGCUCUUUUCUCUACUCUCGAAUCAGCAGUGGGCUGCGGUUGUUUGGGCCGCUGACAUGAAGAAGCAAGUCUUGUUCAAUGAGGACAGCGGCGAAUAUCCAUGUAGGCGAUCGCAGCCAGUAAGUAGAUAUCAGUACAGGGCUAUUACCCUCUGGGCAGUCUACGGCGUCUCUGUGCUGCUUGCAUCCUUGGGCGUCGCAGCCGGGACCAUUGCCCUGCGGCACAACGGCGGCUUGAGGCGAGACUCGCGCUUCUCUAGUAUCUUGGCCGCCACCCGUGGACAUGGACUGAACAGGGUGGAAUGGGGAGGUCCUCUGUUUGAUAGGGGCCAGGUCAAUCAUUCUGUGAGGGGCUUCAAGAUGGGUUACGGCACGGCGAAACGGGACGAGGCCGAGAGGCUCAUCGGCCACCAGGUUCCCUUCACUUUUGGCUUUGAGGGUGAGAUUGAGCAGAAGGGGAACCGACACGGGAAUUGA